GCAUACAAACUGACAGCAUGUUCAGUUCUGCUUUCCAGUCUCCCCGCGCAUCGUGCCUGUUGAUUCAAAUUGUAGCCAACCAAACUGAUGGACCAAGCGCCCCAACCGUACGAAGGAGUGCACUGCGACGAGUGCCACUAUUGGUUUAGCAAGCUGUACCUGUUCAAGCAGCACCACCGGAAAUGCCACAGCGAUCUCGGCGAGCUGAUCGAUCUGCCCCCCUUGCCCGCGUUUGCCAACACGGUGAAGCUGCACAACCUCGAGGACGAGCUGUGGUUCGCAAUACUGCACACCUACGAAGGGAAAACGGUGCUGAUGCGCAUAUUUGAGGCCGAAACUCACGCCACAAUGCGAAUCGCAAAUCAGCGCGACAUGGAGCAGCAACGCAAACGGCUGGUACGGAAGGGCGCCGGGGACACCAUUACGAUUGGCGUCCUGUACGAUGUGUAUCCCGAAAUCAAUGCGGAGGAUACGCUUAGCUUUAAGGUCGUUCCGCGGAUCUACUGGGAUGUGAACGAGGAUGGUACGAAAACACCGAUACCGUCGAUGUCGUACCCGGUCACGGGACGCUCGGGCCACCGUGGGCAGUACCCGGGAAAGUUCCUAUUCCCAGAAAAUCUCAACACGCGCCACGAACCGGCAAGCUACAUCUAUAGCGAUGUUGUACUGUGUGAGGACAAUGUCGCUCCUAAUCCCUUCUAUGUUGAGCUGGAACGAAUUGUAAACACACUUUAGUAUGUACAUAGUUUAGUUUUAGCAUAUUCUACCCCUUACAAAAUACAUUGUAAGGGUACAAUUAUUAUUGUAAGACACAGGGUCGUGUUCAUUUUCAGUUGUAUUGUUUUCGCUUGACUUUAGCUGAUGUAUAACCAAAACCGCACCAUCUCUUAACCCAUACCACAAUACAAAGCACUAAUACACAAUUUCCCUCAGCUUCAACCAUCGGGGCAAUUUAAUUAGUUGUUAUGCUUUGGGUUUCCACUUUUUCACGUUAGCUACCUAAAAUAUCUACAAUCAUGUUUCCCCCAUUUACAACUACAAAACUUUGUUGUGGUUUGCGCAUUUGAUUUUCGCCA